AUACCAGGGUACCACCAUGUCCAACAUGUAUCCCUCUCUCUCUCUCUCUUUGUAGUACAAAUCGGAAUCACAAUUGUAGAAGGUAAAAAAGGUGACCAAAAUGAAAUAGUGUAUAGUAGAAGGAAACCUAAACGCAGCCGUUUCGUUACGUAGUUGGACAGAGAGACACUUUAGCCUUCGUUUUUUUUGGUUUUGGGUACCAAACUCUUUUUCUCUCUCUUGCCGUCUUCCGUCGUCUUCGCUCUCUCUCUCUCUCUCUCUCCGUUUCUUCUCCGAGCCGGAAAAAGCCCAAAACCCUUGAAUCAAACAUCAGCGGUAUCGCUCGCUGCUACUGAUUAGAACCAAAAAAAAACUUCAAAAUUAGAAAGAACUUCUGACUGGAUCUCUUAUUGUUCUUUCCUGUAUUCGUUGAUCGUCAAUAAAAACCCUUUUUGCAACCUUUCUCACAAGCGCUUACAACUCGUGGGGCGUCGAUUUUGCUUGUUUGGUUUGAAGAUCGUGCCUCUUAUAUUCAUGACUCUGUUUUGGCCAAGAGAUUGACUUCAUCUGUUGGGAAUUCGUUAGAUCAAUUUUUUUAGGAGUUUUCUGGGUUUGGUGCUUUCGAGGGGAUUUGGUGGGUGAUGGGUAGUAGUGAUGAGGGAAACAGCAAGGCGAUUGAUGCGUCUGUAGGAGGUUUGGUUUGGGUCCGACGCCGUAACGGGUCAUGGUGGCCGGGUCGGAUUAUGGCUCAUCACGAGGUUCCUGACGGUACUAUCGUUUCUCCCAAAUCUGGCACUCCUAUCAAACUUCUAGGUCGUGACGAUGCUAGCGUGGAUUGGUAUAAUCUUGAAAAGUCCAAGAGGGUGAAGGCGUUUCGUUGUGGGGAGUAUGAUGCUUGCAUUGAGAUAGCAAAGGCUUCUGUAUCGACCACUAGUAAGAAGGCUGUCAAGUAUGCCCGCCGAGAAGAUGCCAUUGCCCAUGCUCUAGAGAUUGAGAGUGCACACCUUGCCAAAGAUAACCCAGAGUGUAUUGAGAAGCCUAGUACAUCUGGUGAGGUUCCUAGAAGAUGUUAUUCCAGAAAGGGUAAUGAGGACUCUGGGGAUGUGGCAGAGACUAAAGUUGCAUUGCAGUCUAAUAAGUCUUUAAAAAAAACCAAUAAGGUCAAAGCUUCUAAGGUGCAGACCUUGUCAGUGAAGAGAAGAAGAACACCAAAUGACUCGGAAGAUGAUGGGACUGAAGGCAACAAACGAAUGAGAGGACUUGAGGAUAUUGGAUUAAAAGGAAAAGUACAGGUCGGUGCAGUGCUCGAGGAUAAGCAGGAAAAUAAUACAAACAUCAAUGGUUCUUUGACGAAUGAGAGUCUUUCCAAUGGUAGUAGCAGGGAUUGCUCGCCGUCAAUUAAAAGGAAUAGGUCACCUGUUAGAAAUGCUAAUGAAUACUCUAUAAGAAGAACCCGACAACGGCCACUAACAAAAGUGUUAGAGAGUACAGCUAUGGUAUCUGUUCCUCUUACCCGUGAUGAACUUGUCAAUUCUGAUUGUUCGCCUCCUCCAGGGCUUUCAGAAAACAAAGUUUCUGCUGUAAUAAAAAAUUAUAAUUCGGACAACAAUGGGGUUUUAUGUGAGAGUGUCCCUGUUUCAAACGCUUCUAAAAACAAUGUUGAUGCGAUCCAUAGCAAGGCCAAAGAGAGUGAAAUCUCGAACAUAUCACUUUCGGCAAAUGAUGACACGUCCAAUGUGUUAUUUGAUGUUCCACUGAUUGGAGAAGAAAAUUACUCUACAGGAAUUACGACGGCAGCGUUCACAUGUUCUUCACCCACGAAGGCUCUUGUUUCUGGACCGACAAGGCGGCUUAGUCAGAGUAGCCAUAAUGAUGUAGUGAAAAACGAAGGAAGUAAUGGAUUGAUUGAGAAGAGCACUUCAAAGUGGCAGCUAAAAGGGAAAAGGAAUUCAAGGCAGAUGAGUAAAAAACAAGAAGAAAGAAGAAAUGCUUACGCCGAAGCCAACAACAAUUUUCUGUCUCGUUGCUCUGUCUCUGAUCAAAAGCUAAACGGUCAUUUCAAUCCUUCAACGGUUGAAGUGCUUGAAGAUGGAUCAUGUGACCUCAUUGUGAGUAGUCAUCUCAAUCCCCUUGGUGUGCCAAUGGUUGAUGAUGCGAAGCCAAAACCGUCAUCAAAAAAGAAAGCCAAGAAAAAGAAAUCACAUUUUCCUCCAUAUAAAUCAUCAAAGUCAAAUAAAUCUUUAUCUCUAUCCAUAAAGACAAGGUGUCUCUCAACACUAAGUGGGCAGAAGCUGACAGUAAGUUGCAAGAAGAAGGUGAUGAUAGAGAAGACGAAAGAAAGAGUUGUAUCUUGCAUCCCUCUGAAAGUAGCAUUCAGUAGGAUAAAUGAAGCACUGAAGGGAUCAACGAGACAAGUGCACAGAGCAUUACCAUCUGUAGGCAAUACAUGAUGAGAUGAGUUUGGUCUCUUUUCUAUUUCCUGCCAUUUGUUUUUUACGUUCAUUUACCUCGGUUCUUAAGCAUUCACCGAGAUGAAAUUAGCCCGGUCUUAGGGGGCGAUGGAUGGUGUUACUGUACAAUACAGAGAUACAUAUAUAGGCCUUGUGAGAAAGAACAAAAAAGAAAAGAAAAGGAAGUGAAGUUGUAUAUACAUAUAUUCUAAAGAGCUUCUCUAGCUAUGUUUUGUCGCUUUGACGCUCUA